GGAAACAAAAAAAUCCAAUAGUCCUAAUUAAAGUGCUAUUCAAGGAAGUGCAGUGAUUAAAAAAAACCGCAAAAAUUUAAAAAAAAUGAUUGGUAACUAUAUCGUGUCGCUUCUUAUCUUCGUGAGCUGCGUCGCCCGCACCGUCCGAGGCUCCUUCGAGGGCGUUGACCCCAACACGCUGUCAUGUGAUCCCAAAGGAGAGAUACACCUCCUGCUUCCCCACUUUUAUGACUGCACAAAGUUUUUCAUGUGCGCUCACGGAGAAGAGGUGCUGUUCUCCUGCCCUGCACCACUCCACUUUGAUUUUGUUCUACAGACGUGUAACUGGGCCGACCAGACGAAAUGCGUCUUCCGAGAUGGCCACGAAGGUUCUGGUGAGGACUGGAUGAGUGACAACGCUGAUUUACCUUACGGCUCUCUGCUGACAGGUGAUGCUGUGGCGAACAAGAUCAGACCUCUCAACAUCGAACCACCCGGCAAGUCUCCAAAAUUCGACACCAGCCUAAAUUGCCUGAGGGCUGAUGAUGCGUCGAGACUUGUGGCUUAUAAGGGUGAUUGCCAGCGGUACUGGCACUGCGUGAGGGGUGUUCCGCAGACGGCGUACUGCUCUGAUGGUUUAUACUUCAACGAGCGAACCCAGCAGUGCGACUUCGAAGCAAACGUCAAAUGCUCUGUCUUACAAGAAGACGAGCUCAACGGGGAGUUCCUCGCCAUAAAGAAGUAGACCUUACCAGAAACACCACGAAGGACUAAGGACUUAGAUAAUUAGGACGUUAAUAUGCGGUGCAAUGGAGUGUUGUGUCGAUGUGAACAUUGUGUUGGAAUGCAUUACAUUACAUACGAUAGUGUUUUUUAGUUAGACAAUUAUGACAACGUUUAGUACCUUCACUAAACUUAAGCCCAAUCAUUUAUCAUAUUCUAUAGACAUUCUAGAACGCAAUUAGUCAAAAUGAUCUGUCUUACAAGAAGCUGAGCGGAGUGAUCCUUCCCAUUAGGGAGAAGUAGACCAGAUAACCCAUGAAGACCUAAUGGAGUUAGAUAAGACACAGUGACCCCAGUAAUCUGACUUCGAGGCUAAAUUUAAAUGCUUUGUCAUACAGAAAGUCAAAAUCAAUGGGCAGUUCUUUGACACCAAGGAAUAGAAAUAUAACGUUCUAAAAACCUUUGCGAAAACUCAAGACUUUACAAUUUUAACAUUCAAAUGCAGUAACCUGGUGUAUUUGUGAACAGUAUGAGAAUUUCCAAAAUGCUUAUUUAAGGGGCAUGAGACGGGCCUGCCUGCCAAAAACAAUAAUUUGUGAGAAUAGUCGAUACUAGAAUUAAUUUUUUAAACUAGACUCUUUCAAGUAAAGAUUUUUAUAUGAACCUGUGAGGAUGACACUGCCAUUGUCGCAUAUAUAAUACCAUAAGCCGACGUUCUCGUAUUAGUUUACAAAUUGCGAAAAACCAAAUUAAGUACAUUUGAAUUUUGCGAGCAGGCCCGUCGCUUCAAGCAAUUAUUACAAUCUUCUUCACGUAUUUAAUAUUGAGUAUUUUCUAGAUGUAUAUGAAAACUUAAAACUAAAUAUAAAUUCUUAGUGGCUGCAUUUGCCUCAUUGUUUUAACAUAUUUUCAACCUUACUCAGUCUGUGUCAUGCUAAAGUAUAAAUAAAGUAUGGAAAAUAUAGCUACGAAAUAGUAUUACACAUUUAUUCGGUAAAAUGGGGAUGAUGAUUAGGUCAAAAAAAAAAUAUUUCUUAGUAAUUAUUAAAUAGAGGGUCUUCCAAAAUUCGUAAAAUCAACAUUCGCUGGUAGUUUUAACUUUGCUAACCUUUUUAAAUUAUCGAUUUAACUAAAAAGUACGUCGAAUUACGUCAAAUAUUAUGACGUCACAUAUGUGUAUUUUAUACAAGCUCCCAUACUAUGCGAGCGUUUUGACGUUUAAAAAAUAUCGCUGAUUUAACUAGUAAUUAUCAUCCCUAUUGUAAAAAAAAUCAGUUGAUGUUCAGUUUCCAUGUUCCGUUGAUCGGUAACAUUAGAAGCAAUCUCUGUUAUUUUGCAUAUACUUAGUAUAGUUUAAUUAUCACUAUAUAAGUUUCAAGCAAAAUCUGAACUUUGAGUUAUUAUUAUUGUAUUAGCAUAUUGUAUAAUAUUGAUAUUAUUUAACACUUUGUACCUACUAUUUAUGCCAUUUUUGACAAUAAAUAAUAUUU